UGUCAGUUCCGACCGCUAUAUACCGCCAUAUUGUUUGCGACAAAUCGUGAUCGUGCCGUGGUCUCGUGAAGUUUUUCUCUUGUUCGGUGAGCCCCAUUGGGAAAAUUUGCAAACAUUUCGCGAAAAAGCAACAUGAAGAAAACGAAGGACGUAUCAGACGAGGAUGAAUAUUCCGCAGAUGAUCCGGAAGAAGUAGAAGGAGCCUCUGAAGAAGAGUGGACUCCUGAAGCCGGAGCUGAGAGUGGUGCUAAAAAGAGGCCACAAAGGGAAGCUGCUAAAAAGCGGCAACACUCAGAAGAAGAAGAAGAUGAAGAAGAAGAAGAAGAUGAGGAAGAUGAUGAUGAAGAGGAUGACGAAUCUGAUUCAGAUACAGGAAAGAAACCUAAAAGAAAAAGGCGGUCUAAGAAAGAAGAAGAUGAAAAGGAAGACGAAGACGAAGAAGACUCCGAUGAUAACAGCUUCAAUGAAUCAUCGGGAGAAACACCAAAAGAUUUUACCUCUGGUGCAUUCGUUGUGGCAAAAGCUGACAUCGGUGGAAAUACGGAUCCAACAUUGUGGAGGAUAGAUGGGAAGGCAUUACUUCAAAAGUUUCUACCAUUCAAAGAAGAUGGGAAAACGUUAUAUAAAAGCACAUCGACGUAUUCUGGAUGGUCAGUAAAUAACAAAGAUAAAUACUUAGCAGCCCAAGUAACUUUCAAAGUGCAAAGUAGAACAGAAACCAUUGUUGAACUUCACCUUGAUCAACAUCAACAAGAACUUGUAAAAGAAGAAAAAGAAGACUAAAUAUAGAUCAUGUUUGAUCAUAUUUGUUUAUAUACAUUUUAAGGUAUGCUAAGGAAGAAUACAUUUACAAUCACAGGUACACAUCAACAUUACAGACAUAUUACGUAAAUACGUGGAUGCAGUUUACAAAAUGAUAUCCUAGCAGAUUCGUGUUUAAAAAUAAGAUUGAGUGGACCAUGGAUCUCAGUUCUUUACUAAGGGUAGCUUUACAUAUAAUUGAUAAUUUUAUGAGCUGUUUGUGUAUGUUUCAAUUGAUAAAAGCUAUCAAACAAUUUCAAACAUUAUUUGUUUCCGUAAAAAAUAUGAUAUCCACUCAUAUUUCGUGUUUUAUAAAUUCGACGUAAGUCUAAAAUUUCUUGUUUAGACUGCAUGUUACUUUCAAAAUAUUAUUGUAUCGCUUACAAUAUUGGUGAUAAUAUUGAUAUACAAAUUUCGGCGUAGUUUUAAUUGCAAAAUUUAUUCGAUCCUCUGUUGCACUUUAAAUAAUUCAAUGUCCCAGUUAUAAGAACACUUUCAGUAACUAGAUUUCGUGUUAUGUUUAGUCGUUGAAAUAAAAAACUUUAGAUAUAGAAAAUAAAUCAGUGUCAGUUACCGUUGUGGUCUUACGUUCCUAUUGCUGUAUAAAUUCAUAUCGGAAAAUCAUAUUAUAAAUACUUUUAAUUAUCUUGAAUUACACCUCGAAAAUUUCAUGGCUAUAAAUAAUUUGUGUGAUGAACUUCUGUUAGUGGCAACAGUGUGAAUAAGAAAUUAAUUAUAUGUACUGUCAUCAAUCAUGUUCAAUGGUAUGUCAUGUUCGAUCUAGCUUUAUGGAUAAAAAUUAUGUUUUACGUAUAUAAAAGAAAGAAAAAAGAGAGAGAGAGCGCGAGAGAGAGAGAGUAAAAAUUAAUCGUGUCAAAUAUUUAUUCAAUAUUCCUAUAUUAUUUGUACAUUUCAUAUUUUCUACAAAGCUCCUACCCUGUUUAUAUAAUUUGUAUACAUUAAAUUUAUUGGAAUGUAGGCACAUAAUAAGGAAUACAAUUUCCGUUAUGAGUUUAAUAAAUUUUAAACCAUUAAAUGAUACAUUAGAUAAAGAAAAAAUGUGUGUAUAUAUAUUAUAUUUAUAUAUACACACGUAUAUAAAUAAGUCCUGUUGUAACUUCCAUUUUAAUUUGUACUUUAAAUAUUUUGAUUAAUAAUACGUAAAUAUAAUUUUUGUAAUUAUGUCUAACUUAAUUACAAAGGCUAUGUGUUGAAAUGUAGUUAAUGUUAGCAAAGAGCCCCAAUAAAACUAUGUUUAGUUCA